GAGUGAGAUUCCAUGGGAUCAUUAGGAAAAAUUAGACCGCUAACAGAUUUCGAGCCUAAUGUGUCACAGGACUCCUAUGCUACCCCUUUGAGAUUUUAGCUGGUAAAGACUAUUUACUCUUAAUGUGGCAUAGUAGGCUGUCAGCCAGAUCUCGUCUAACCUACAUGUGUUGCUCUUGCAUGUAUAAAUUCUGCCCUUCGGGCUUACCAUUCAUAGUGCUUUUUCGCUCUUGCCAGUGAAGCUCCUCAUAGGAGCAGAGUCAGGAGAACUGUGAAUUCAGUCGUUCUCGGGGCAAGCUCACCACAUUAAGUAGCCUAGUUUCCUAAUCCUACCUUCCGGUCAGAUCUGUUAUGGUUUUGUUUGUUUUUUUUUUCCUCCCUGUUUUCUUUGCUGCUUUAACACAGAUAAUUUUGAUGCCCAGCUGAAAGCAUACCAUAAAUCCUCCAAUGCCAUUGGUGUUGUUUGUUAGUGAUGAAAACAACCUAUUUCUUAAUUUGCUGGAUCUAAAGCUUCUUAAACAUGGAGAACUUUAUUCUAUAUGAAGAGAUUGGAAGAGGAAGCAAGACAAUUGUUUAUAAAGGAAGAAGAAAAGGCACCAUUAAUUUUGUUGCCAUUCUUUGCACUGAUAAAUGCAAAAGAGCUGAGAUAACCAACUGGGUUCGACUUACCCAUGAAAUUAGACACAAGAAUAUAGUAACAUUUCAUGAAUGGUAUGAAACAAGCAAUCAUCUUUGGCUUGUAGUGGAAUUAUGCACGGGUGGUUCACUAGAAAUGGUUAUUGCGCAAGAUGAACAUUUACCUGAAGAUGUGGUGAGAGAAUUUGGUAUUGAUUUGGUGACUGGAUUACAUCACAUUCAUGACCUUGGAAUUGUCUUCUGUGAACUCACACCUGGAAAGAUACUUCUGGAAGGUCCUGGCACACUGAAGUUUAAUAAUUUUUGCCUGGCUAAAGCAGAAGGUGAAAACUUGGAAGAAUUUUUUGCUUUAAUUGGAUCAGAGGAAGGAGGAGGAGAUAGCAGUGAAAGCACUUCACGAAGAAACCUGCAAAGUCAACUCAGAGGAUAUCCUGUAUACACCGCUCCAGAAGCAAUAAAGGGAGCUGACUUCUCCAAAGCUAGUGAUUUGUGGGCGUUGGGCUGUUUGCUUUAUGAAAUAUUUUCAGGAAAACCUCCAUUCUUCUCAGAAAGCUUUUCGGAAUUAAUUGAACAGAUUUUAUAUGAAAAUCCUUUGCCACCUAAACCUAAAGGUUCUACUCUUCCCAAGCCUUCUUCAAACUUCCUUAGUUUGCUAGAUGGUUUGCUGCAAAAAGAUCCUGAAAAGAGAUUAAACUGGACAGGCCUGUUACAACAUCCAUUCUGGAAAGAUGCUUUCAGCAGACAUGAUGAUGAUUCCACAAACAGCCGGGACACAAGCUCAAGCAGUGAAAAUACAAAGAUACUGGUAUCUAGAGAUAUUAAGGAUCCAUUGGAUAUCCAUAAACAUUCAGAUGACAUGCCAUCAUCAAGAGCAGAUAAUAAGCAACUCAAUAGAUCUUUCAAACUAGAAAAUCCAUCUGAGUUGCAGCCUAAAAGUGCACCUACUGGUGAAUCAAAUGAGUCCAUAUUUCUUCUCAGCUCUCGUCCCACUCCGAGGACUAGCACUGCAGUAGAAAUGACUAGUGCGACUUCUGCCUUAACUCAGAAUUCAGAGCAUAGAACUUUAUGCUUGACAAAGGGCAAAAGUCUACACUCAAGCCUGCAAGACAUGGAAUCCAAGAUGAAAGAGCUCAUCUACACAGAGUCUGAUCUCUUUGUAACCCCUAUUAUUGACAAUCCAAAGAUAAUGAAACAAGCACCAAUUAGAUUUGAUUUAAAAAUGCUACAUAUGGCAGCACAUUCAGCUGAGAAACUAUCAUCUCUGAAAGAUAUUGACUGGAAUGACUUUUUGCAACAAGUGUGCUCAUUGAUUGACUCUGUUGAGAAGAACACAGGGGCAACACGAGCUAAAUUGAAUUUGCUGUGCUAUCUGUGCACUGUGGCUGGCCACAAGGAAGUAGCAACCAGGUUAAUCAGCUCACAGCUGUUCCCAUUGUUAAUACAACAGUUGCGGUCAGCGCCGAAUUGGGAUAUACGUGCCAAAGUAGCCAGAGUGAUUGCCUUACUGGCAUUGCAUACAACGGAACUUAAAGAAAAUGUACCUGUUAUUGAGGCUAUCAUGCUCCUAACUGAACUGAUCAGGGAAAAUUUCAGGAACAGCAAAUUGAAACAAUGUCUUUUACCCGCCCUUGGUGAGGUGCUUUACCUUAUAGCCAGUCAGGAAGAAAAACAGGCGCACCCCAGAGAAUGCUGGGUUGUUCCCUUAGCUGCUUACAAUGUGCUAAUGAGGUGCCUUCGGGAAGGGGAAGAACAUGUUGUGAAUCAUAUGGCAGUGAAGAUUGUUGAAAAUGUUUGCACAACCGAUUCUUUUCAUGCAGAGGGAUUUAUUACAGGAGAAAUUGGGCCACUGUUAUGGUACCUUUUCACACAUUCCACUGUAGAUUCUCUAAGGAUAACAGCUAUUUCGGCUUUAUGCAGAAUUACUCGUCACUCACCCAGUGCUUUUCAGAGUGUUAUUGAAAAGGUCGGGUUAAUGGCUGUUGUAAACUCAUUGGCAACUGGAAUAUGCAAAGUUCAACAGUACAUGCUGACCAUGUUUGCUUCUAUGUUGUCAUGUGGAGUUCAUCUUCAGAGACUGAUUCAAGAAAAGGAUUUUGUGACUACAAUUAUCCGUUUAUUUGAAAGUCCAUCAACUUCCAUUCGAGCAAAAGCCUUUUUGGUCCUGUUACAGAUUUUAAUUAAUAACAGAGAGAUGUUACUGCUCUGUUGCCAAGCAAGACUGGUGAUGUACAUCGAAAGAGACAGCAGAAAGACUACAGCAGGAAAAGAACAGCAAAGCAGCAAUGAAUACCUGUCAAAAUGCUUGGACCUUCUCAUCUAUCACAUUGUGCAGGAGCUGCCAGGAAUUCUAGGUGACAUUCUUAAUGCCCUUGCUAGUGUCUCUGGACGUAAACAUCCAUCAACAAUUCAGGCCAAACAGCUGAAGAUGUGGCUUCCCAUGAUGCCUGUUGUUCUUCAUCUUGUGACGUCCCAGGUAUUCCGACCCCAGAUUGUGACAGAGCAGUUUCUUUUUAACUAUGGAACUUUGCUUAAUUUUAUCAAAUCAAUAGAUUCAGGAGAAACUAACUUAGCUGGAGCGAUAGGUCAAGCUGCAUCAGAAGAACUGAUUAAGACCACUUUAUCAACAUUUGAAGUGAUAACACAGCAUCCAGCCUUGUUGACACUCUACCACUCAACAGCUGUGGACUAUAUCCUUCCACCGUUAGUUUCUUUGGUCCAUAGCCAGAAUGUGGAAUGGAGAAUCUUCAGCUUGCGGUUGCUUUCAGAAACCACAUCACUGCUUGUGAGCCACGAGGUCAUGGCUGAAGAGAAAGAGGAGAGCCUUGACUCAAACAACAAGCUUCUGUGUCUCAUUAGAGAUUCAUUGCUGCCUCAAUAUGAGCAUAUACUAAUGGCACCUGACCCAGUACCAGUAUAUGCCCUGAAACUGUUGGUAGCUCUGACUGAACAUAGCCCUGCUCUUACUAGCCUUGUUGAAGAAAGUAAACUUGUUCCAACACUUUUCCAAGUUAUUUUGGAGCACCAGGACAGUAUGCUGGGUAAUACCAUGCAGAGUGUAAUUGCAUUAUUGAAUAAUCUUGUGACUCAGAAAAAUAUGAACAUGACUUUACUUUAUGAACAAGGACUGGUUCAUCACAUCUGUAAUCUUUUAAUAGAAACUGCAGCUGUGUACUUAGAAGUGGAUGAUAAAAGCACUAUCAAGACAGCUAAUGGAUUAUUGCUGUCCUUGCUUGACAUUUUGCAUUGCAUGCUAAUAUACACAGUGAAUAUCAUCCGUCUGACUUUACAGGCACAGAAAUCUGGCACAGGAGGGGACACCCAGGCUGCUGAAGACCUUCUGCUUAUCAAUAAACCCCUGACAGACCUAAUUAGCCUGCUUAUUCAGCUGCUUCCUAGUGAUGACACUGAAAUAUAUGAAACUGCAUCACAGUGCUUGUCAUUGUUGGUUCAACUGUAUGGAGGGGACAAUGUGGACAGUAUGUCUCCAGAAAACAUGGAUAGUUUUGCUGAAGUAUUGAAGUCCAAGAAGGAUCUGAAACAGCAGAAGCUUUUAUUGAGAAUCAUCAAAAGAUUGAUGGCAGUAUUAUUUCUCAGAAGUAGAGUAAUGAUACGCCUGGCAAAUUACAUGAUCUGUAACUUUCUUAUAACUUCAAACAAGAAGCACUCAGAAAGCCUGAAGAAUGAUGGUGACAGUCUUAUCCACAUUCUAGAGAGCUUGGCCCAAACUGCCAGCUCCCAUGCCGAUAUUGCUGUUACUACUUUGGCUUUUGAAAUUCUUAGAACAGUGGGACACUAAAAGAUCAAGGCUACCAGAGCAAUCAUCUCUCCACACUCCUGGCUGAAAGUAUAAAACACUUGCAUUGGUGAAUUCCUCAGUCUUGUUUUGGAUAUUUAUGAAUUAAUGUUGUAGUCCUAAUUUGAUAAUUAAAACUGUGUGUAUAUUCACUUUCUUAUGUAUUUAAGAAUAUGGAAAAAGUGGGGAAAAUGUUUCAAAAGAACAAGCAUUUGUCCUUUAUCAUUUUGCAUAAAUUAGCACAAUAUAUGGGGAGGGGGGAGAUGACAGUUUUUACAGCUAUGUUUUAAAGAACUCCAUCUGAAUUGUGAUGUAGCUUCAAAACUUUUGAUCAGCAAGAGAAUGGCUUAGCUGAGCAGCCUCAUGCGCAACAUCACCUAUAACAAACUCUAGAAUUCUUUUGCACAUGUAAAGAUUUCUGAAGUGCUUUGCAAAUGUUAAAUGACUCAAUCUGCAGGGAGUUGGUAUCGUCCUCAUUUACAGAUGGAAAAUGAGCACAGGGAAUGAGUGAUUUCUAAAUGUCUCAAAGUUUGAGAUGAAGCCAGGAAUAGAACCCAAAUCUUCUGGCACCUACUCAUGUAUUUGAAAGCAUUUUGCAAAGCCAAAUAAAGUCGUCUAAUUAAAAUAAAUGACUUCAUACGUGUAUAUUUCAAUGAUUAACAGUUGCCCUAAACAUAAGUAAGUCAGACUGUGGCAAUUUUCUUAAAACACAAUCUGGAACAUACUUAAGUAUAGUAAAAUCAAACAGAUGACCAAGCUACCUCUAGCAGAUUUGUUUGGAAGUUCUUCCACAAAGUUUAUGCUUAUUUUUAACAAUGUUUACAAUGGCAGUAACAGUUAACACUACUGCAUUUUAAGUCACUGAAUUUGUUUUUAGAUUUGUUCUGAUUUAAGUGACUAGAAGUCUGUCUUCAAAGGUACACAGUGACUGCUGAAUGAAUCAUUAACCAUAGUGCUUCAUUGAUCUGUUAAAGGAGAAUGCCAUUCCAAGUGCUUCACUACCCCUGCUCAAAAUCAGCCACUCUCCAUGACUUAAAGGUAGCCUUCCAUCCAUAAACUAGUGAACAUGUAGUUUAGGUCUUGUGUUCUCAAUUCAUACAUAGAGCCCUGCAAAUCCACAUCUGUGGCUUAUUUUUGCAGAUACACAUUUUUCUAGACCUACAAAUUUGUGGAUAUCUGCUUAUAUCCAUACAUCUCUGCUUCUGUGGAUCACUUUUUGUGACUAUGGCUGCAGCUAGGGAUACACAUUUUUCAUCUGUGCAGGCUCUAAUGCAAAUUACAUGCUGUCAUAAAAGUCACCCUGCAAGGGCAUGCACAUUGGUAAAUACCUAACAUUUGAAAAUCCUGACUAGUUGGUACCUAUUAUAGGUUGGACCUGACUAGUCCCAGAUGAUGGAUUUUGCCAGUCAUUUCUGCCCCCUGCUCCUGCCACCUGCCCCUACCUCCCUUGCCAGAGUCCUCAUUUAGAGAAGUUCAACCUGUAGCAUGUGUCUGCAUUUAUGUGGAUUUCCCUUGUGUUGUCACUUCAUUUUUUAAAACCUAUCCUAUUUAUUAUAGUUAUUAAAAGAUCAUAGCAAAAGUUAAUUUUCAAUCCAUCUAAUUAGACCUUACACUAAUGUGCAUUGGGCUUAAGUUUGCUACUUCUGCAGGCUCAAGGAUAGUGUCAAGGCCAUAACCACAAGCUGUGGUAUAAAGGCAUGGCUUUUCUCAUUUCACACUGGUUGGGUUUACUGCUGAAGCCUGUACUAGGUGCCCCAACUGGAUUGAAGAUUCAAAUUGCUGCUACUGUUAUUGUGAAUAUGUUUGCCUGUAAUUCUGUGGCCAUCAUCCCCAUACAAAUAAAUGAGAAGCAACAGGUAGGCCCCAACUGGGUCAAGGUUUUUGCAUUAAACAGUAGACUCUGAGGACAAACUCAGUCAGUGCAUGCCCUGUGUGUCAAUCUUCUAUAACUGCUUCAUAAAAAAAAUAAAUAAAGCUACUGUUGGGUUGAGUGUUUUUUAAAUGCACAUGGGAGCUGGUACACGUGCCUCCCACAUUAGCAACUGUUUUGUAGACAAGAUGGAAAGGAAUGUAGAAGUCUAAUCCCUUGUUUCCAUGGGUUUAGAAUACAUCCUGAUGCAACCUUAAAUGUAGCUUGUUAGUUGCCCCCCUUCCCAAAAUACAUCUGUAGCCUACCACCUUCAAGGGAGCUACAGGUAUCUGGGAAUUCAGAGAAACUGACAUUGAAACAUACCUG